AUGAAGGAAUCGAAUAAAAGGAACCCGAAACUCUGGAAAGCAGUUUUAAGGUGCUUUUGGUUUCAUAUCUUCCUGGCUAGCGUUGUGGUGUUCAUCGAUAUUACUGCCUGUACUUUACGGCCUAUACUUCUUCGCCAGCUGCUUAUGGAUAUUAAUGACCUUAAGGUCAGCAAUGUGAUUUAUAAAGCAACCAUUUCCGGUAUUAGUUUAACUCUGUGCAUUGCUGUUGGAGUCAUUGCAUACAAUACUUCUUUUGGAUAA